CACGUUCGUUUUACCGAUAUACUAUUUUGUCAUACCGGGAAAGUCGGAGAAAAACGGAGAAAGUGAUGCGGAUUUACGAAUAAUUGCAAUUAUUGCUGUAAAGAACCACUGACUGUAGUUGAAAACAGCUAAAUUAUCCGCCACUUCAAUAUAUUAAGAUGCAAUAAGCUUCUUGAUACAGGAGGUAUACAAAAGCUCACCUAAUGUACGCAAAAUUGUUGUGCUCAGCUACUGAUUAGAAUGUUUAAAAUCGUCGACGCCAAAAGCAAUUUUCGUAUAAACGAUAAAAAUUUAGCUCCAUAAUUUGUUGCACAAAGCAUCUGAUUUUUUAAGCUAGAAGCAAGUUUAUCCCAAAUAAAGUGCGAUGAAUAGAAGAAAUAAGACGUGUUUAUUUUGCCUAAAACAGCGGCAAAUUCUUGUGGACGACUCUUCUACCGUCAAGGCCAUUAAAAAAAUCUACAACAUUUCCGUUCCUUCCAAAGGAUGUCGCAUUUGUAUAGAAUGCCAUUCCAAUAUCAGUCGUGUUUGGACCUUCAAACAAACCGUAGAGGCGGCUUCAGAUUUCGAUGUGGACAGUUGCUUUGUAUGUAAAUCAGAAAACACAAUCAAUGAACCCGGAGUGGAUCGGGUGGUCGACUACCUCAUCAAGCAGUGUAGCACCAUCGAUUUUGGCAAUUCAGAUGCGGUCAGAUCAUGUGUAACGUGUUUGUACUUACUAGAGAUUAGUAUCAAGUACGAAAAGUUGGCAAAAAAUUACAAAAACGCACAACGGUUUAGCAGACAGUUUGCUACUAUGAAGGAGUGCAAUGUUGCCCUUUGGAAGCUUGAUCUGGACUCGUUAGGCAAAAUCUGUGAUGGUCUCGAAAAAGAGAAGGAGGAAAAGCGAAAGAAAGGACAAAAGCGAAGUCGGGGUUCCUGGGGUGGACGAGAUGAGAUGGCUUCCAAAAGAUUAAAACAAGAGGACGGAUCUGUACUACCGGUUAUGUUGACAAAACUAACUCCUACGGUGACUCCGACACGAACGGGUGGAAAGAAAAGCAUGUCGCCAAACUCGCCACCAAAUGUAUCAAAAGGAAAAGCCUCAAAACAAAACGAAAAGAUUUUCAUUAAGUUGCCUAUUCCACGGAAGCUGCAGAUGAAACAGAACCAGCAGCGCAAAAAAUUCGGUGCACCAUAUUCGCCAAGCAAGUCUAUCCCAGUGUCUCCGUCCGUGUCUGCUCUCAAUAGAAUCUUCGACGUAAAACUGCGUCCCCUGUUAGUGAAAAUAGAACAUGUCGAUCUUUCGAACUAUAUGAAUAGAACGAUAGCUCAUGACGUAAACACGCGGCAACUCCGUAAACAGAAAAAAGAGGAGUUUAUAGGUCUGGACGAUGAGGACGUCGUGGAACUACAACAUAGUAGUACAAAUAUCGGUAGUUCAGUUGGCAAACGGAAGAGCAUACUGAUCACAGAACGUAUCGAAAGUCCCAAUUCGGCCAAAAAGAAGGUAAAGUUUUCCGAUUCUCCUAGUAUCAAAUACGUAGACAAGUUAAACUUCAGCGAUGACGAAGAUGGUGAUAGGGCCGACAGUGAGGACGAGAAGGAUACCGAUUACGAGGAAAAAACAAGUAAAACGCAAACUACAAAACCACAAAAUGGGACUUCAACACCACCAGAGAACGGUAAACCACGGAAAGGAAGACCACCAAAAAAAGCCAUAAUUGGCGACAAAAUUGAAAAGGUUGGCGAGAGAAAAAUUAAUGAAAAACAGCAUAAAAAUGAGGAAAACCAAAAUGAGAUGCAAACGAAUAAUAAGAAUACCAACGAUGAAGAUCAAGCAGCUGUUAAAGAUGGAAAAACAUCAUCUAAUAAAAAUGAGGUAAAGGCCAACGUCGCGGAACCCGAUCAAAUAACAGCAUGCGAUAAAGUAGUUCCGAAUGGCGACGUUGAAAAGGUUUCAGAGCAAACAGAACCUGAAGAAACAAACGUUGGUGACCAGCAUACUAGCGAAAAUAAAACUUACGACCAGAUAACAGCAGCUUUAAAGGAAUCCGGAGAAACCCAACAAUCUACUGCAGACGACGCAAUGGGAAUCGAAGAAACCGCUGAACCUCAGGAUGCUGAAAUGAAAGACCUUUCAAACGUUGAUUCGCCAGAAGAUGUUGAGAUGUCUGAAAAGAAAUCCCCUCAACCAGAAGAUGUUGAAAUGACAGAAAUGAACAACACAACAAUGAAUUCUCCCAUUAAAACACAAGAUAAUCCAAUUUCACCACAAGAGCAAACAUCUGUGGAUUUCUCUUCGGACAAAGAAGAUGAAAUCGAACAGGUGAAAUUGAGUUUCAACGAUUUGUUAGGGGAAGAAAUAUCUGACGAAGACAAGGAAGCAACCGUUGAUGGAAACGAUUCCACAAAAUCAGUGGUUGAGCAUAAAGUUGACCAAGAACCAUCAACGGAAACACAGAAAAUCAAUGAAACAGCAUCUAAGGAAAAACUGGUAGUCCCUACAAACUCGGAAGAGAAGAAGCUACCAUUUUCUGUCUUAGAUGAUGUAGAUGAUAUUUCCGAUGAUGAUGAAAUCCUAAAUCAGUUGGAUACCGGAGAUCAAUCCAAGCGGAAAUCAUCACCAGAUCUGCCUCCGUUGGGGGAGGAUAGUAUUUAGAAUGUGUGUAUACAAACACAUCGAGAUUUAUAUUUCAUUAACCCAUCUUAGUUUCUUUUAACGCUAUGACCGAUUGAAUGAGCAAAAUGAAGUGUUCUCAUAAAAUCAGAACACGUUAAUGUUGAGAGUGAUUGUGUGCAGUAUCACAACACGGAUGCACAAUUGUAAGUAAACAGCUUAUUUUGCUGUUUUUAUUAACAAAAUCGGUGAAGUAUAUUGUGAGAAAUCUUUUAUAUGUGGAAAUGAUGUUGGAACUGCAUCAGGUUGAUUGUAGAAAAGCAACAAUAAACAUUAAAAACAAAAAUAUA